AAUUAUUAAACAUAUAUUAUGCAUCUCCAUCUUAUCACAUGAGAAAUUAAUUAAGGAUCUGGGGAUAUGAUGGAAAGGCAGAGAAGUAAGAAGAGAGGAAGAAAAGAGGAAGCUUUAACAAUGAUCGUGUCAUCGUGUAAAAACAACAAAACAAAAGGGCAUGAGUUCACGUUGUCGCCGUCAUCAUCGGAUGUAAACAACGAUGUGUUCUCGUUGGAUGUCGAGGCCGGCGUGUUCGAUUUUCCGUGGAUCAAAGAGGGCGGUGCUUCCAUGAGAGGGUAUUAUGGUUACGACGAUAAUUAUGAUGGCGACUGUGAAAGACGCGCUGAAUUCGAUGACUUGUUUAGCGGACAUUGUAUGAUAGAUAAUGAUGAUCACGAUCUUUCCUUUAGCGCUCAUCCUCAUCUCCAUAACCAUUCAUCCAUGCGGGCUUCUACAACCUGCUUGAGGUCUGGUGGUAGUUACAAGGAAGAUGAUGACAAGCAAAAUGUUGAUGAAUUGGACGGAACCUGGACUUCUCUGCUCGCUCAUCCCCUUGAAAAUAUUUAGUUUAUGAAAGAUUAAAAUAAAAAAGUAAAAAGAAAUGGUCAUCAUAUCAUGCAUGCACCAAAGUGACCAAACUACACAGUUAGAAUUAGACUAUAUAUGUCCUUUACAUGCACAUGCACCUUCUUGUAUUUCUUGAUAUGAUUACAGAUUUACAGCACAAUACUUGGUUUAAAAACGAUACAAC